CACAAGUCUGUACGUUGUUCAGGUGAAACAUCUGGCGAAUUUUUUUGCUGUCGUGUUUUUCGGGGUUCACCUGAGAUUUAAAAUUAUGAGAUUUAAGCUAUCCAUUGCACAGAGCCCCUCGCAUGCGGCGCCAGUGACGUGCAUCGGGUGGAGCAACACAGAAGAGGUUUAUUCCGUUGGAGAUGACAAUUUGCUCCUAUCAUGGGCCGUCUCUACCCAGCAAUCGACAAAAGUGGCCCAACUGCCCAAAGACCUCUUUCCAACAGACAUGCAAUUUUUGCCAAGAUCAGGUGGCGGAUCAGUAAGCAAACAUGGAGAUCUUAUUCUGAUCACUUCGGCUGAUGGAAAGUUUCACAUUGCCAACAGGGCCGGACGCAUAGAAAGAAGCGUCGAGGCGCACAAGGGCGCCAUCAGUGUGGGGCAGUGGGGAAAUGACGGAACAGGACUGUUAACAGCGGGAGAAGACGGCUUCAUAAAAAUCUGGUCGCGUAGCGGCAUGCUGCGUAGCACCGUGGUCUCGGCCUCGGACAGCUCGGUGUACGCGGCCUGCUGGUCCCCGGACAGCCAGAGCAUCGCGUACACGCAAGGGAAAUGUGUGGUCGUCAAGCAGCUGGCGCCCAACACGAAACCGCUCAGGUGGAAAGCACAAGAAGGCCUUGUACUUUGUCUCGCAUGGAGCGCUGCUACAGACCUUUUGGUAUCCGGAGGAGAAGACUGCAAAUACAGAGUUUGGGACAGUUUUGGAAGGCAACUUUUUUCAAGCGUACCACACGACAACCACAUCACCUCCAUAGCCUGGGCACCAGCCGGAGAUCUUUUCGCCAUAGGAUCCUACAAUACACUACGACUUUGCGACUACUCAGGAUGGUCAAGAUGCUUAGAAAAACCCAACACUGGCGGCAUCUACAAGAUGUCCUGGUCCGGAGACGGCACCCAAUUGGCGGCGGCAUGUGCAAACGGCCACGUUCUAUUUGCCCACGUGGUGGAGCGACACGUGCACUACAUGAACUUCACUGCGUCCGUCAGCGAAAGAAAAGUCGUCACCGUAAAAAACGUCACCGAUGACACGGUGGAGUUGCUAGAGUUGCCCGAAAGAGUUAUCCAGAUGGCCAUGAGGUAUUCGCACUUGGUGGUUACUACGCCAACUCAGUGUUACAUUUAUAACACUGCCAAUUGGAACACGCCUGCUAUUUUCGACUUGAAGGAUGGAAGUGUUAUACUUCUUAUGUUGUGCGAGAAGGACCUUUUAUUAGUUGAAAAAAGUUCUGUGGGCAUCUAUAACUUCCAAGGAAGAUUAAUAGCAUCCCCAAGAUGGCCAAAUAUGCGUUUGGACAUGAUAAGAACAUCACACAUUAGUUUAUCACCAGAUACACUAGUAGUAAGGGAUAUUGGUGAUCACAAAAUUGCCCAUAUAAUAGAUCUAGCAAACAGAUCAGCCAACGAAUCGCCAGGCCUCAUCCAACACACCCAACAAAUAAUCCAGCUGGCUUUGGACCAAUGGGGACCGCCCACAACAAGAAACUUAGCUCUAUUGGACAAAACUAAAGACCUCUACAUCAUCCACGUGAGAAGCUCGAGCAAAGCCUUCUCGAAAUUGGGCAGAAAAAUCGACACUUUCCAAUGGAACAGUGAGGAAAAUUUAAUUGCAGCCAUACAAGACACGCAGUUGAUUGUGUGGUACUGUCCUACGGCUUCUUUUAAUCAGAAAUUGUUAAAAAUGUGUUUGAUGACCUAUGAUUCACCGGAACUAGGCAGAAGUCCUAGAAUAAAUGAUUUUGUUGGUAACUCUGUUUCGAUUAGAAGAGCUGAUGGGUCUUUGAUUAAUGUGCCAAUAUCCCCUUUCCCUGCAUUAUUGCACAAGUAUGUUCAAGAUAACAGAUGGUCAGAAGCCCUUAAUUUAUGUAGAACGACAAAUGAAACUACAUUAUGGGCCUGCUUAGCUGUUCUUUCGACUCAAUCAAAUUCUGAUGUUUUUGAUAUAGCUGAAGAAGCUUAUGCCAACAUCAACUUUUAUGAUAAAGUUUUUUAUAUUCAACAUAUUAAAAGUUUACCCUCCAAGGCGCAGCAAAAGGCCUGCAUGGCCCAAUUAGGUGGCCAAUUUCACGAAGCUGAAUCAAUUUUGUUACAUAAUGGAAUGGUUUUUUUAACCAUUUAUGAUAACAUACAAUUGCAUAACUGGACAAGAGCAUUAGAUUUGGCAAUCAAGCAUAAAACCCACAUUGACACAGUCCUUUACCUAAGAAAAAAAUACCUGCAAACCUUAGGCAAGGAAGAAAACAACAACAAAUUCACCACUCUAAUGGAAUCAGUGAGUAUCUUUAAAAAUGUAUUCAAUAAUCAUAAUACAUAACAAUAAAAUUGCAGGUGCAAAUAGAUGAAGAAAAAGUUCAACAAAAAGUAGAAAUGGAAUUACAAAAAAGGAAACUUAGUGUAUAAAAUUGUUGCAUAAUUAUAUAAAUAAAAUGUUAAUUAUCACCCACAGCUUUUUUGGUUUCUGCAGCUUUAAGAUAGUCUUCAUAUUGUCCUUUUCUUUGAGGAUCCAGUUUUAUUAGUUGUUGGUAAUAUUCCACACGUUUGUCUACAUGUUUUUUAUCGUUUAGGCAUAGGGAACCGGUAAGCCAACAUUUUGCCAACAAAAC